GGAAUGAAUUGAACGAAGGUUGAGCCUACGGUUUAGCGAUAGCGAUAGAAAACCCCGCUCACCUCGAUCAGAGAUUUGAAAUGACGACAGCAACUCGGAAGCCUCGUUAGUCGCCCCAAGAGGCUUCUCCCAUAGGCUUCUUCCAUCAGUCAAUAUUUCAAUCGGCACAAAUAGCUGUGUCUUCCACUUUUCUCCCACAAUUUCUUCCAUGGCGCCGUGGGCGGCUACUCUGCUAAUCACCAGUCUUUUGCUUCUCCUCUCUUCUGUUACUUAUUCUUCUUCUUUCUCUCGUCCCCAUCGUAUCUGCAUAAUUGGUAGCGGAAUCGCCGGCUCAUCUGCGGCUCACUUCCUCCAUGACCUCGGGAAGAGCACUUUCUCUCCUAACUCUCUUCCCAUCGAGAUCCUGAUAUUUGAGAAGCGCGGUAGAGUCGGGGGCCGAAUGGCCACCGUCAGCAUCGGAGGAGACACCUUCGAGGCCGGAGGGACAAUCCUCCAUCCCAAGAACUUCCAUGCCCUUAACUUCACCUCCUUGCUCAACCUCAGCACCACCACCGGCAGAGACGACGACGGCGUCGACGACGGGUGGUUUGGAAUUUGGGACGGUGAGCGCUUCGUCUUGGAGACAAUUCCCCAGGGGAAAUCGUUCAUCUCCAAGCAGAUCGCUCGCCUUUGGAACACAGUUACGUUGUUUAGGCGGUACGGCUUCUCCUUGAUACGAAUGCAGAGGUUCGUCCAGGGUAUGUUGGAGAGCUUCUUGAGGUACUAUGAAAAAGAUCGACCGGUUUUUAGCUCGGUUGAGGAAAUGUUGAAGUGGGCAGGUUUGUACUCGCUCACGCAGCGGACUCUGCGGGAGGAACUGGACGAUGCUGGGCUGUCGUCUCUGUUGAUAUCUGAACUUGUCACGGUUAUCACAAGAAUUAACUAUGGCCAAGAUGUAAGCAUCAGCGGACUUGCUGGGGCUGUUUCAUUGGCAGGUUCGGGUGGUGGAUUGUGGUCUGUUGAAGGAGGAAACUGGCAGUUGGCUGCUGGCUUGAUAAAUAACACAAAUGCAUCAUUGCAUCUGCAUGAAGAGAUAGUAUCAGUAUCAAAUCAUGGUGACUAUUAUGAACUUAAUUCCACCCAAGAAAAUUCAUACCACUGUGAAGUAGCACUUGUUGCUACUCCAUUAGAUGAGGUUCGCAUCAAUUUUUCGCCACCAGUCACACUUCCAAAACGAUCAACACAGCAUACAUACGCCACAUUUGUUAGGGGCUUUCUAAAUCCAGAAUAUUUUGGCUUGUCUCCAUCAUCAGAAAUUCCUGAUCUUGUGGCCACUCUAGAAGUUAAAGGAUUGCCUUUCUCAUCUGUAUCUGUCCUUAAGAGAUACAGUGACAAAGAUAAAACAUAUAAAAUUUUCUCUCGCGCACCAAUUUCAGAUGAGUUACUGGACAAGCUUUUCAGUGUUAGAAGUGACACAAGAAUGAUCAACUGGCCUGCUUACCCACAUUAUGUAGUGCCAGAGGUUUUCGCACCAUUCAUGUUGGAUCAGUCACAUUUGUACUACAUCAAUGCAUUUGAAAGUGCAGCAAGUACAAUAGAGACAAGUGCCGUUGCUGCUGAAAAUGUUGCCCGUCUUAUUCUGUCCCGGCUUUCUAGCUCUGCACAUGUAGGAUCAAGAUCGGGGGAGCUUCAAGGUGUUGGACCUGAAAAUCUGCAUGUAGAUCUGUGAGAAUACUGGUCCAGCAUGAGCGAUGUUGAGCUUUUGCCUUUUCUGUACAAUUAUGUCAGAUAUCCUCUGCCAGACGGUGGAAGGAAAAAAGGUGUAUGGAUGUUGAAGAAAACUUGUCAUUGAAUGUAUUCUGCUUCAGGCUGUA